GGUCAGCUGCCAGGCCCUAGCUGGGGAGCUGCAGAAGGCCUGGCCUCUCCUUAGCUGCUCAGGGCUUUGGGGAGGCAUGGGGCCUCCCAACCCACCCUGCGAGCCCCAGGUUCAGCAGGUCCCUACAGAGGCCAGGGAAAAGGACUGGGGCAAGGAAUAAGGUGGACUGCAGACGGUCUGAGAAGGGCUGCUUGUGAUGUGGUGCAAAGAACCCUGGGCUGGGAGUCAGAGACCUGAGUUCAUAUCUCAGUUCCAGCUCUGGCGGUUCCAGGCCUCUCUCUGAGCCUUGGCGUUUUACUCUGUUAAAGGGGAUCAUCACAGUUUCCCCACGAGGCAGCAUGACGACCCACGAGAUAAACGUGAGAAAUGGCCACAUCCUCUGUCUGCAUCUGCCCAGGACAAGUGAAAACAUGCGUCCACACAAAAACUUGUCCACGAAUGUUCACAGAGCAUAUCAUGCAUAAUAGUCUGAAAUGUGCAUUGACCGAAGAAUGGAUAAACAAGCGUGCUGUGUCCUCAUGAUGGAAUAUUAUUCAGCUACAGAAAGGGAUGCAGUGCUGACACAUGGUACAACAUAGACGAACUUUGGAAACCUCCUGCCACGCAGAGGAAGCUGGUAACGAAGGACCAGGUGCCUGCCUCACGCCCCUUGGUGCCCGUCUGCUGAUGUGCCCGGCCUGUGCCCGCCAUGCCGCCCUCCGUCUCGGCCUUCCAGGCCGCCUACAUCGGCAUCGAGGUGCUCAUCGCCCUGGUCUCGGUGCCUGGCAACGUGCUGGUGAUCUGGGCGGUGAAGGUGAACCAGGCGCUGCGGGAUGCCACCUUCUGCUUCAUCGUGUCCCUGGCGGUGGCUGAUGUAGCAGUGGGUGCUCUGGUCAUCCCCCUCGCCAUCCUCAUCAACAUCGGGCCAUGGACCUACUUCCACACCUGCCUCAUGGUUGCCUGCCCUGUCCUCAUCCUCACCCAGAGCUCCAUCCUGGCCCUGCUGGCAAUUGCCGUGGACCGCUACCUCCGCGUCAAGAUCCCGCUCCGGUACAAGACAGUGGUGACUCCCCGGAGGGCUGCCGUGGCCAUCGCCAGCUGCUGGAUCCUCUCCUUCGUGGUGGGCCUGACGCCUCUGUUUGGCUGGAACAACCUGGGGAAGGUGGAGCGGGACUGGGUGGCCAACGGCAGCAUGGGCGAGCCCGUGAUCAAGUGCGAGUUUGAGGUGGUCAUCAGCAUGGAGUACAUGGUCUACUUCAACUUCUUCGUCUGGGUGCUGCCUCCACUGCUGCUCAUGGUCCUCAUCUACCUGGAAGUCUUCUACCUGAUCCGCAAGCAGCUCAGCAAGAAGGUGUCGGCCUCCUCUGGCGACCCGCAGAAGUACUACGGGAAGGAGCUGAAGAUCGCCAAGUCGCUGGCCCUCAUCCUCUUCCUCUUCGCCCUCAGCUGGCUGCCGCUGCACAUCCUCAACUGCGUCACCCUCUUCUGCCCGUCCUGCCACAAGCCCAGCAUCCUCAUCUAUGUUGCCAUCUUCCUCACGCACGGCAACUCGGCCAUGAACCCCAUCGUCUACGCCUUCCGCAUCCAGAAGUUCCGGGUCACCUUCCUCAAGAUCUGGAAUGACCAUUUCCGCUGCCAGCCCGCACCCCCCAUCGACGAGGACCCCCCAGAAGAGAGGCCCGAUGACUAGUCUCCGCCUUCUCUCCCACCUGCACAUCCGGGCGUCAGCCCGGUCUUCACCUGCCUGCUGUCCCACUUGUCUCCCUGAGCCUUCCCCGGCUGGGCUGUGGGGUGUGGGUGUCCUGCCCCUCUCGGUCCUGGAGGAGGUUUUGGGGGCAGCCCAUGGAGGAGGACAGUGGUGGGAGCCCCCUUCCCCCACCAUCCCAUGGCAGCCAGCGCUUCAGGCUGCACAGGGGCCUGUGGAUGGGGGUCGUCUCGGGCUUCCCCAGCAGGUAGGGGCGUCUGCUGGUCUUAGGUGGUGUCUUAGGUGCAGCCCUGGGACCAAGCUUAAGGAAGAGAGAGGGUCCCCUCCAAAUGGGGAGAAGGAAGAAGCUGCAUGUGCUGGUCUUGCUUUCACUCCUGUUCUGUAGGAGAAGGUGGCCAGAGCCGCUGAGGGGUAGGAAUCAGGAGCCUCAGUCUCCACCUCCCAGGACUCUGUGCUCCCAGACAAGGUGCCUGCUCCCCUCUCCCUGGGGAGCCCAGGAUUGUGCCCGGGAGAGGCAGAAAGAGCGGGUCCAGAAAUCGUGUCCAGCAUCAGCUUUAAUCUCCGCCAGCCCUUGGACCCUGGAUGGGGGCUCCGAGCCCCCUGGAGCAAGUAUGGGGUGGUAGGUGUGGACCUUGAACAGCCUCCGGGAGACAGCACUGAACCCUCAUUCUUGCUCUGAGUGUCCCAAGGAGGAGCCUGGCGAGUAACUACCUGUCAUCUGGGCCACUGGCUCCACCAGUGAUGAUGGGCCCAGGCUCUCCCAGGUGCCACCCAUCCCUGCUGCUUCUGGGCCAGAUGAGAGGAGAGCCCCAGACGUGCCUACUCUUGGGAGCAUUUUGCCUUCCUGGGAGACAGGGGAAUGUGUCCUCCAGGUCCUGGGGGCCGACUCCUGGGAUGAGGUGUGCCAUGCUGGAAGGGGCCAGAGGAGACCACCCUCUGGAAGUGUGGGCGGGGACGUCUAGCUGGUGUUUAAAUGCCCUCGGGACCCUUGGCCUUCAGCACAGUUUCCAGUGGCUUUGGGGCUCUGUUGCAGAGUCUAGGCUUCUAGGACAUCUGGGGAAGGGUCCAUCCUACAAACCGCAAGCCCGGUGGGGAGAGGUGGGGGGCGUGGUUCUGAGUGCGAAGCGACUCCAGCCUUAUUGCAGGCCCUUCCCUCUCUCCAAGGUGGGGGUCCCCUGGCUCCCAGGAAGGGCCACCCAACUAAUAAAAGACUGAACCCUCAUGGAAAGCACGCUGCUGGCUGCCCACCCCGUGAGGGACCAGCUCAGCAGAGAAGCACUGAUGUGGGGGUGGGGAGAAGUGAGGAGGGAGGGAGGUGUUUGGAGCAAGGAGGGUCCUGGGGGGCGGGGGCGGUGUGUCUGUUCCCCUGUUCUGAUCCUGGGGUAGCAAACCCUGAAUGUGAAGGUAGAAUCCUGAAAAAUCUCACAUCUGGAAAAGCCCUGGGACA